AUGUUCCUAAAUGUCUACAGGCCACCUAAAUACUGUGCAACCUUUUUUGACAAAUUUUCUGAAUUACUGUCUACAAUCUGUAUUGACUUUGACUGUGUAGUUAUUGUUGGUGAUUUUAACAUUCAUGUUGACAAACUCCAUGACAAAGGGACUAAAGAACUGUAUUGUGUCAUUGAUAAAUAUGGACUGGAUCAGCAUGUGACGGAGCCCACACACAACAAAGGUCACACUCUGGACUUAGUCAUGUCCAAGGGUGUUAGCAUUUCUAAGGUUGUUGUGAUUGAUGCUGCCCUCUCUGAUCAUUCCUGUGUUUUCUUUGAGAGUGCUAUCUCUGUGCAGACUAAUGUUCAAAGAAAAGUAAUCACAAAACGGUACAUAACAGAAAACACCUGUGGAACAUUUAUUCAGGCUUUCUCCUCCACGCCCACUCUCCCUUGGGUCUCAGUAAAUGAGCUUGUCGAUAAUUUCAAUGUGAAAAUUACAAAUAUUAUUGAUGCCAUUGCACCCACUAAGGUGAAAGUGGCCCAUGGCAAAAAGAAGUCUCCAUGGAGAAACGCCACAUUGGUAAAAAUUGAAAAAAGAGAGUGUCGGAAAGCUGAAUGUAUGUGGCGGAAAACAAAUCUCCAGGUUCACUAUUACAUUUAUAAAGAAAGACUUCGAAUCUACAACUUGGAACUGAUAAAUGCAAGGCAAUCCUUCUUCUCUGACAUCAUUGCCAAAAACAAUAGUAAUGCACGGGCCUUGUUUACUACUGUCGACAGGCUAACAAACCCUCCUGUGUCAGUAGCCCCUGAAUUGCUUUCCACAAGGGCCUGUAAUGAAUUUGCCUCCUUCUUCACCGACAAAAUUCAGAAAAUUAGGCAAGCAGUCAGUGCCUCCACAUCAGGUGCAGGACAUGUGUUGUCCAUGUGUCCACUUAUAAUCAAUUCAAAUACCAUGACACAAUUUUAUGUUAUUAACCAUAAAACCUUGGAGGACAUUAUACAACAUUUGAAAUCCUCCUCCUGCUGCCUCGAUAUUCUACCAACAGGCCUUUUCAAAGAUGUAUCAAACUGCAUGACCUCGGACCUUCUACAGAUUGUAAACAUGUCCCUUCUCUCAGGUGUCUUCCCACAGGCCCUGAAAACUGCUGUUAUCAAGCCUCUCUUAAAAAAGAAAAACUUAGACACUUCGCUACUGAACAAUUAUAGACCAAUAUCAAACCUCCCAUUUCUCAGUAAAAUCAUUGAAAAAGCUGUUUUUAAGCAGCUGAACAAUUUCAUGUUAAUGAACAGCUGUUUUGAUGUCUUCCAGUCAGGAUUUAGACCACACCACAGCACCAAGACGGCUCUUGUUAAGGUCUUCAAUGACAUUCACUUAAACACAGACAAUGGCAAAAUUUCAGUCUUAGUAUUACUAGAUCUCAGUGCUGCAUUCGACACAGUCGAUCACAACAUAUUACUAGACCGUCUGGAAAACUCGGUGGGACUUUCGGGCACAGCAUUAAAAUGGUUUGAAUCCUACUUGAAGGACAGGGACUACUUUGUGUCUAUAGGUAAUUACACAUCUGAGCGUGCAAAAAUUACAUGUGGAGUUCCCCAGGGCUCCAUUCUGGGGCCUCUUCUGUUUAACAUCUACAUGCUUCCACUGGCUCAGAUCAUGAAAAACAUCAAAAUAUGUUUCCAUAGUUACGCAGACGACACACAAAUCUACAUAACAAUAUCACCAGGAGACUAUAGUCCAAUACAAGCACUGAGUAGAUGCAUUGAGCAAAUCAAUGAUUGGAUGAACCAGAAUUUUCUCCAAUUAAACAAAGAAAAAACUGAAAUAAUUGUUUUUGGAGCCAAGGAAGAACGAUUAAAAGUUAGCACCCAGCUUCAAAUGGUAAUGCUAAAAACAACAAACCAAGCCAGAAACUUAGGAGUAGUCAUGGACUCAGACCUGAACUUCAACAGCCACAUAAAAACAGUCACAAAGUCAGCCUACUAUCACCUAAAGAAUAUAUCAAGGAUUAAAGGACUUAUGUCUCAGCAGGAUUUGGAAAUACUUGUCCAUGCAUUUAUCUUCAGCAGGCUCGACUACUGUAACAGUGUCUUUACAGGUCUCCCUAAAAAGUCAAUCAGACAGCUGCAGUUAAUUCAGAACACUGCUGCUCGAGUCCUCACUAAGACCAAAAAAGUAGAUCACAUUACUCCAGUUCUGAGGUCUUUACACUGGCUUCCUGUCUGUCAAAGAAUUGAUUUCAAAAUACUACUGUUGGUUUACAAAGCACUGAAUGGUUUAGGGCCAAAAUACAUUUCUGAUCUUCUGCUUAGCUACGAACCACCCAGACCUCUCAGAUCGUCUGGGACAGGUCUGCUCUGUGUCCCCAGAGUCAGAACUAAACAUGGAGAGGCAGCAUUUAGUUUUUAUGCACCACAUAUCUGGAACAAACUCCCAGAAAACUGCAGGUCUGCUGCAACUCUCAGCUCUUUUAAAUCUAGACUGAAGACUUUU